AUCGCCAUUUUGUGAAAUCUUACUUUUCAACUCGUAACUCGUGAUAACUUUUCAAUUCGAUACACAUUGAAUUGAAGUCGUUCAUUUGGCCUGUGGAUUGAUUUUAGCAAUCGAGAAUCGAUAUUGAAUUGAAUCACCAUCAUGAAGAAAAAGUGUUCAUCGGCUGUGUGGCGAUUUUUUGAUCGAAUUGAAAAUGAAGACCAUCGAUGUUUAGCGGUGUUGUGCAAACUAUGUGAUACGCAAUACAAGUUUUUCGGAAAUACUACAAACCUAAGGACUCAUCUUAUAAAUAAGCAUCGAUUACAAUGGGAAUUGUCACAGAGCGACACGUUCGAUGAGACAAGCUUUCGCGUGGAUGAUGAGGAAUCUAACCAAUCAUCGGUAACACCUAAAAGAAGAAAGUAUUCUAAAGGCUACAAAGACAAAAACGUACGUUACUCAGUAUCAGUUGAUAAUCCAAGGAAUAGCACUGACGAACAAAUCCCCACCAUUGAAAUACAAAGGGUAGAUGUGUUAGAUACCUCUAUCGUUGAUAAUGACCAAAAUGAUGCUGAAGACAGUGAAGCAACAUUCAAUUUAGUUAGACAGCUUCAUGAAACAAGAGCCUCUGAUGAAGAGUGGCUUGAAGAAGAUUACUCAACUGCACAUGUAACCUUUGAGUCAAAACCAAAAAGGAAAUACAGAAAAAUCAAAAAGGAAGUCCAAAGUCCACCCCCAUCUCGCCGAGUGUCAACAUACACUCCACAAACUGUGACUUAUGAUAAUCCUUCACCGAUUAUUAUCGAGCAGCCCUCGCAAACAAAAGAUGAAUAUUCUGUUUUUGGAGAGUAUGUUGCAAACAAAUUGAGAAAAUUUAAAGCACCUCGUACUCGUGGUAAUUUGCAGCAAUUAAUCACAACAAUAUUAUGGCAAGCAGAGUAUGGAGCUUUUGACAAUGCAGAAGCAGUCAAAAGAGUUCUGCUGUAUACUGCUCAUGAGGCCGAUAAUAAAACACAAACUGACUCUAUCAUGAAAGGUGAAGAAGCAAACCAAAGUGGUGACUCUAAAUCCUUAAUUGAAAGUCAGGAAUAAAAUGAUUUAAAAUCAAAUGUCGACCAUGAUAAAGCUGUGUGAAUUAAAAAAAGAUAAGGUAUCAAUAAAAAUAAAAGCAAUGG